UAAUCAUUGGCAGUAAUACAAAAAUAAUAUUUCUACAAUAAUAUUAAAAUAACCAAUCUUGUGUGUAUUAAAUAAAAUUAUUUCGAUUUUCGAUAUUUCAAUACCUUCUCAGUUGAGAUUGCUUUGUAUUGCCGGCGACGCCCCCUAAAAAACAAUUAAAGCAUCAAAAUGACGGACAGCAAGUAUUUUACUACUACCAAAAAGGGAGAAAUUUUUGAAUUGAAAUCUGAACUGAACAGUGAUAAAAAGGAAAAAAAGAGGGAAGCUGUCAAAAAAGUUAUCGCCUCAAUGACUGUUGGAAAAGAUGUAUCUGCUUUGUUUCCUGAUGUUGUAAACUGUAUGCAAACUGAUAAUUUGGAAUUAAAAAAACUCGUGUACUUAUAUUUGAUGAAUUAUGCUAAAAGCAAUCCAGAUAUGGCAAUUAUGGCUGUCAAUACAUUUGUUAAGGAUUGUGAAGAUCCAAAUCCAUUAAUACGUGCGUUGGCUGUACGCACAAUGGGAUGCAUCAGAGUAGAUAAAAUAACAGAAUACUUAUGUGAACCAUUACGUAAGUGUUUGCGAGAUGAAGAUCCUUAUGUAAGGAAAACAGCUGCAGUGUGUGUAGCUAAGUUGUACGACAUCAACGCUCAGUUAGUUGAUGAUCAAGGAUUUUUGGAACAGCUAAAAGAACUUUUGUCAGACUCUAACCCAAUGGUUGUUGCUAAUGCUGUAGCUGCUUUAUCUGAAAUGAACGAAGCAAGCAUAACUGGGUCACCACUAAUUGAAAUGAAUUCACAAACCAUAAACAAACUUUUAACAGCAUUGAAUGAGUGCACAGAAUGGGGUCAAGUAUUCAUUCUUGAUUCAUUGGCUAAUUACAGUCCUAAGGAUGACCGUGAAGCUCAAAGUAUUUGCGAAAGAAUCACACCACGCUUAGCUCAUGCUAAUGCUGCUGUGGUUUUGUCUGCUAUUAAAGUACUAAUGAAACUCAUGGAAAUGCUACCAACUGAUUCAGAUUUUGUUACUACUUUGACCAAAAAACUCGCUCCGCCUCUUGUUACACUACUAUCAACUGAACCAGAAGUACAAUAUGUUGCACUCAGAAAUAUAAACUUGAUUGUACAAAAGCGGCCAGAUAUUCUUAAACAUGAAAUGAAAGUAUUUUUUGUUAAAUACAAUGAUCCUAUUUAUGUUAAAUUAGAAAAAUUGGACAUUAUGAUUCGUUUAGCAUCUCAAGCAAACAUUGCUCAAGUUUUGUCAGAACUUAAAGAAUACGCCACUGAGGUAGAUGUUGAUUUUGUACGUAAAGCGGUUCGUGCAAUUGGAAGAUGCGCAAUUAAAGUUGAACAAUCUGCAGAACGAUGUGUAUCAACCCUACUUGAUUUGAUACAAACUAAAGUUAAUUAUGUUGUCCAAGAAGCUAUUGUGGUCAUCAAAGAUAUAUUUCGAAAGUACCCCAACAAGUAUGAAAGCAUUAUUUCAUUGUUGUGUGAAAAUUUGGACACUUUAGAUGAGCCUGAAGCAAGAGCAUCUAUGAUUUGGAUAAUUGGUGAAUAUGCUGAACGAAUUGAUAAUGCUGAUGAAUUAUUAGAGAGUUUCUUGGAAGGUUUCCACGAUGAAAAUACUCAAGUACAAUUGCAGCUAUUAACGGCUAUUGUAAAAUUAUUUUUAAAACGUCCUACGGACACGCAAGAACUAGUUCAACAGGUCUUAAGCUUAGCCACACAGGACUCUGAUAAUCCAGAUUUACGUGAUCGUGGUUUUAUUUAUUGGAGAUUAUUGUCUACUGAUCCAGGAGCAGCUAAAGAUGUUGUUCUUGCAGAAAAACCAUUAAUAUCCGAAGAAACUGAUCUUUUAGAACCUACUUUACUUGAUGAGCUAGUGUGUCAUAUUUCUAGUUUAGCUAGUGUUUAUCAUAAACCACCAAAUGCGUUUGUUGAAGGCAGACCAGGAUUGCGUAAAUCUCUGCCGGCUCGAAGUGAAAAUACAACUUCUGGCAAUAUUUCACAAGCAGCAGUUAUACCAGCCCCCCAAGAAUCAUUAAUUGGUGAUCUUCUUAGCAUGGAUUUGACAACUCCGUCAGUUAUUCCUGCGUCUACUCAACCAUCAGUUGAUUUACUUGCUUCUGGAUUAGAUUCUUUGUUAACAACAUCUGAUAUUCCUGCAACAUCAACAUCAUCAAAUACUGGAUUACUAGGAGAUAUUUUUGGAUUUACUCCCACACCAAUAUCUUAUUCUCCUCCAAAAUUACUUUGGUUGCCUAGUGAAAAUGGCAAAGGAUUAGAGAUCAUGGGGACAUUCUCAAGGAAGAAUGGUCAGAUUAAUAUGGAUAUGACAUUAAAAAAUAAAGCUAUGCAACCAAUGUCUGGUUUUGCUAUUCAGUUAAACAAAAAUUCUUUUGGCCUAACACCAGCACGUCCACUGCAAGUUGUAAAUCCAUUAAUGCCUACAGCUUCUUGUGAAGUUAGUCUACCUCUUUCUACUACUGGAAUGGUUCAACGAAUGGAACCAAUUACUAACCUACAGGUCGCUAUCAAGAACAAUAUUGAUGUCAUGUAUUAUGCUUGUAUCAUUCCAAUGAACGUGUUCUUUGUUGAAGAUGGGCAAAUGGAUAAGAGAGUAUUUUUAACUACAUGGAAGGAUAUACCAGCUGAGAAUGAAGUUCAGUUUACUUUAAAAAACGUACUCUGCAACACUGAGGCAAUAGUCAUGAAGAUGUCGCAAAAUAAUGUGUUCACAAUUGCUAAAAGAAACGUUGAAGGCCAGGAUAUGUUGUAUCAAUCGUUGAAGUUGACAAAUGGUAAUUGGGUGUUGAAUGAGCUGAAAAUUCAACCAGGAAAUCCAAAUAUUACUUUAUCCUUAAAGUCUCAAGCAUUAGAAGUAGCUCAAGGCGUUUUCCAAGCAUAUGAUGCUAUCCUUCAUUCAUAAAGUAAUUGUAUAAUACACUUAAGAUUGUGUGUAUCUACAUAUAUGUUUCAUCCUAAUUAUUAAAAUAAAAAAAUAAUUAUUCAACUUUCUAUUAGCUACCUAUUUUACCUAACCUUUAAUUAAUAGUUUAGAUU